UUCCCGAUUGCUUUCCAAAUGGCGGCGUGUUAAAAAAAAACGUAAACAGUAACUAAGAGUGACAACUAUUUGUACCAUGCAAACUGAAAACACUUCUUUGUCACAAAAUCUCAACAAUAAAAGUGUAAAAGCAAAGAAGAGAUGGCAAAUAUUAUCAGAGGCACUGAGAGGAAGCAAGUCAAGAGAUACCUGUCAGAAUCUAGUGUCUGUGAGACGGUUUCAGUGUUACGGAUUGUUCAACGUGGAGCCAGCCAUUACUCAUGAAGAGGAGGCUACAUGGAUGGAAUACACUUGUUCAGAAUUUCCACUGUUUCAGUUAUCUGUCAGACACCUGACUGACAAAGUGAAUCCAGAAACUCUUCAUGGAUUUAAUAACACAGGCAACGUGUGUAUUUGGCCUUCUGAAGAAGUGAUGACAUAUUUUUGUUUGAAAAAUUGUUCCUGGUUUGAUGGUAAAGCAGUCUGUGAACUUGGUGGAGGAAUGACAUGUUUAGCUGGAAUGUCUCUUGCUGUGUAUUCCAGCCCAUCAUGUGUCGAACUUACUGAUGGUAAUGAAAAUUCCAUAAAAAAUCUUGAUAUCAUGGUAAAGAAAAAUCAUCAAAUGUUUGGUUCCACACAAGUUAAUACCAGAGUUCUGAAGUGGGGUCCCAGUGGUGUGGAUGCAGACUUGCAGGACAAGUUUGAUUACAUCUUAUGUGCGGACUGUUUAUUUUUUGAAGAAGGAAGACAGGAUCUUGUGGACACAUUAUAUUCUUUGUUAAAGACUGAUGGAGAAGCCAUUUUGUUUGCUCCUUCCAGAGGAGAGACAUUCCAGCUGUUUGUGGAUCUGGCUGUAUCGACUUUCUCUGUAACAACUAGUGAAGUCUAUGAUGAGAGAAUACAGUCUAUGCAUCAUCAGAUGAAGGCUAAAGGCUUAGACCACUAUGAUGAAAAUCUUCAUUUCCCAUUGUAUCUGAAACUGAAGAAAACACAGCCAUCAACAUCUUGAUAUUGGCUGAAGAUUAAUGGUCUUUAACUUACAUAUCUUUUAAAAUACCUUUAUAUUUUUUUGUUACCUUUAUUUUUAUGUUAAAUAAAAAUUUGAAAAUAAUA